CCCCCUUUUCUUGUUCCCAAAAGCCAUAACUACAUUAUGUAAACAUAAAAAAAGGAAACAAGAAAUAAUGUGAAGUGAUAAUUACCCGAUUUUGUAUCAGUAAGGAAUGGUACGCAGUUUUUUGCAUCAAAUUAUACAUGUUAAGACAAAAAAUCAAAUAAAUUUCACACUGCAGGAGUACAGGAAAUGGAAUUAAAUCGUACAAAUCAUCAAUGAUGCUAUAAUCUGGAUGUUGAGACGACAUUGAACAUAAGAGCAAUAUGGCUUCAAUCUUGGCCCUGCUUAAGGAAAUAAAUUUCACCAGCCGCCUGUUGCUUGCCAAUCAAAUUUCCUUUCUAGCUGCACGACGUAUGUCUUCUUUGAAAAACAAAGCAGUUGAGCCAAUAAAAAACAAUGAAGACGAGAGUGACACAGAAUCAUUCGUAAACAGGCUAGUUUCGAACAAAGCCGAUCUAUGGAAAAACAAGCAAAAGUUGAAAAGAACUUCUGCCUUCAAUUUAAAGUUGAUCACCACAAUCAUGAGUAAUGUUUUAGCAUCCGAAGAGGAGGAUUUAACAAAAAAACAGAAAAUCUACCCCAUCAGCUUUCUCAAAUUAGCGAUUGACGGAGAGAAGUUUGACGAGGACGAAAUGCUAAAAAUCUUGGAAUCACCUGAAAUCCUCUCAAAAGUCGAUUCCAGCUUACUCGACACUCUCGCCACUACUUUUGCAAGAAUAGACUUUUCUGAUGGAGUUCUUCAGCUCCAUGCAACUAGUCAACGUCUUCCAAUCCCACCAAACCACAACUUCAUUGGUGACCUAUUCAAAGUUUACAAAACGUCAAACCAAAGCGCCAAAGCACUUAAGGUUGUUGACAAAUUUUACACUAAAUACCCAAACUCUCGACGAGAAGCAAGAAGUUACUUAGCCACCAUAAUAAGAGAUGUGGUCAGUAAUCACUGUAGUGAAGCUUUGUUGGUGCAGUGCAAACAACUCGUGUUAAGAAUUAACUACUCGUUUGGUGACAAUCGGCCAAUGAUUUUUCUCUGGCAUGCGUGCUUUAUUAGCGAGUGGUUCAGCGACCAGCAGGUGGCAAAAGAAUUGCUGCACAUAAUCUCAAAAAAUAAAAAACUGACCGAGACUUUUAGCAAGAAAUUGGCGACUGCAACCUAUUCUGCCCUUGGCAGAGGUAAACCUGAGCUGGUGCAGGGGCUGAUCGAGGACCUUAUUUCAACAGGACUUCACUCGCAUUUGACUGUGCCUAUAAGACUACUUUUUGAUUAUAAAUGUCAGUUGGGAGAUUUAAGAGGCUGUGCUGCAAUAAUGAAAUCAACUGCUGAUCUCAAGGUCGUAUUAACAAGCAAACAACACCAAGAUUUUAUCGAUAUGAUGACUUUCAAGAAAAAUGUAAGGUGGAAAGCCAUGCCGAAGAAGGAGGAUAAGAUUAGUAAUCCAACCUCGUAUGAAUUUGAAUUUUGAAAUAAAUUCAGUGAGAUUAUUGUUGAA